AUCAAGGGCAGGACUUCCGGGGCGGGCGGCCGGGGCGGAGGGAGGAGUGGCUGGCUCCACGGCAGUUGGCGCGACCAGGAGGGCGGCCAGGCUGCUCGUGGGGGUGCGGGCCGGCAGGGCCAGGCUCAAAAUGCAAAGCCGCUGAGAGGUACAUAUUCUCAGUUCCUGGCACAGAGUAAACACUCCUAAGGACCUGCUCCAUGGGCUUCGGAAUCAGAGAGAACUUGCUUUGGAAUCUCAGAAAGGCUCCAGGAAGCAGGGUCAAGGCCAGGGAGACGAUGGUCUCAGUGACUAUGGCCACUUCCGAGUGGAUCCAGUUCUUCAAGGAAGCUGGCAUUCCCCCAGGACCUGCUGUGAAUUAUGCUGUGAUGUUUGUGGACAAUCGGAUCCAGAAGAGCAUGCUGCUAGAUCUCAAUAAGGAAAUCAUGAACGAGCUGGGCGUGACUGUAGUGGGUGACAUCAUUGCCAUCCUCAAGCAUGCCAAGGUGGUACACCGCCAGGACAUGUGCAAAGCUGCUGCUGAGUCAGUGCCCUGCAGCCCCAGCCCCCUCCAGGGGGAGCCUCGCCGUGGCGCCUCUAGCGCCGCUUCUCGAAUGAUCACCAACAGCUUGAACCAUGACUCUCCACCCCACACUCCCCCAAGGCGGUCAGACACCAGCACUUCCAAGAUCUCCGUCACCGUGUCCAACAAGAUGGCAGCGAAGGGUGCCAAGGCUGCCGCUCUGGCCCGCAGGGAAGAGGAGAGCCUGGUUGUUCCUACCAAGCGGCGGCGGCGGGUGACAGCUGAGAUGGAGGGGAAGUACAUCAUCCACAUGCCGAAGGGGACCACCCCCCGCACCCGCAAGAUCCUGGAGCAGCAGCAGGCAGCAAAAGGUCUGCAUAGAACUUCUGUAUUUGAUCGCCUUGGGGCUGAGACCAAAGCAGACACGACGACAGGGACUAAGCCCACAGGAGUUUUCAGCCGCUUAGGGGCCACCCCAGAGAUGGAUGAGGAUUUGGCCUGGGACAGUGAUAAUGACAGCAGCAGUUCUGUCCUGCAGUAUGCUGGGGUCCUAAAGAAGCUAGGACGGGCCCCCGCCAAGACCAGUCCCCAGCCGGCACUGACUGUCAAAGCCAAGGCCACAAGCUCUGCAACCACGACAGCUCCAAGGCUGCGGCGCCCGGCACUUCCCUCUCGCCCUGGGCCAGAGAAGAAGCCGGAGUCCCUGCCCAAAGUCAGUGUCCUCCAGAGACUGGGCAAGGCUGCCGUUGUGUCUGAGGCCCAGGACAGCCAGGUCACAAGCACCAAGAGCCCGACCGUCCGCUGCAUCCUGCCUGACCCUCCUGCACCUCUGACCUCCCAGCGGCCCCCUCGUCGACGGUGGCGUCGAACCUGUAAAGACUGUUAGCCGCCUUCCAUUCCCAGGCUGGAGGGACACCCCCAGAUCCUGGCCUGCAGCUGGGGCACCUCCGUUUCCCUGCCCUGAUUGAUGGUCUUUUUCCUUGGUGGGUGGUGGGCAGCAGAACUGGGGAGGGGAGGAGCACUGGGGGAAGGUGACGGCUGUUUUAAUAUAUUUUUGUCACUUCCAAACUGUCCUUCCCCUCCUUCCGUGGGAGUCACAGGUCUGUUCUUCACACCAACACAGUGGCAUGGGGGGCGCUGGUGAAGGGCUGGGCCCAAAGUGUCAGCACCUGAGUUGAAGGGUAUAGUGGUGACAGUCCCCUCGAUGAGGUCAUCUCCCCUCGGAGCUGCAGUGGUCUAUCACUAUGGUUCCUCCCGUGGAUUUCGCCUGUUCCUGCCACACAGUCUGCUGGUGGUUUGGUUUUAUUUUGAGAUGGGAUCUCAUUAUAUAGCCCUGGCUUACCUGGAACUUGCUUUGUAGAUCAGGCUGGCCUCAAACUCUCAAGAGACCCACCUGUCUCUGCCUCCCAAAUGCUGGGAUUAAAGGCUUUUGCCAUCAUACCCAGCUGGCUUUCUUUCUUUUCUUUUUCUUUUUUCUUUGAAACCCAAGAUGGCCCAAAUUUGAUAUAUAGUUGAAGAAGACUUGAAAUGUCUCUCUUUAAAAAAACAGUUAUUUUGUGUGUAUAAAUAUUUUGCCUCUGUGUAUGUAUCAGGCACCUGAGUACCUAAUGCCCAUGGAAACUGGAAGAUUUUGGAUACCCUGAGACUGGAGUUAAGGAUAGUUGUGAGCCCCUAUGUGGGCUCUGGGAACCAAACUUAAGUCCUCUGUAAGAGCAACAAAGGCUCUUAACCACUGA